AAAAAAUCCAGCUCGGGCAGCUCCCACUGCAUGACAAGGCCCACCCACAAGCCCAGAGGCAAGGCAAGGCAAGGCUGAUGCUGUCACCUCCCCGACCACUUCUCUUGUUGAGGAGCAGUUCAGAAAUAUCGAGGCACAAAAGCACACGGCGCGAGGAGCUGGAGCUGAUUAGCCAUCACCAUUAUCACCCUCGUGUUGGUUUUAUCCCCUUCGAGACCCUUCGGCUGCCGCUUCGAUCCCCGACGACCUGAGUGAGGACUUCCAAAAGGCUGCCCCUCCCCCUCCGAACGACCGACCGUAUUUUCGCCCUCCGGUGACGGACAACCCCAGCUACGACGACCGUUUCUGCCCACGUCGCCCUGACUGACCCAUCUGGUUGCUCAUGCGCUCGAACCAGUCCUGGCGCUGUCAUUCCCUCCCCCCACCUCCGCCUGCUCUCGUCAGGGCCUGAUUCCCUGUCUCUGAACCCCGUCGUCGUCGCAACCCUCUGCCGACGGGUUUCUAAUCAGGCCCUGCAGCCCCCUCUACGUCAGUAGGCCGCCUUGUCUCAGACACUCCUUCACCAGUCCAUCGGUCAAUCCGUUUGGAAAUGGCCUCUCCAAACGCCCCAUUGCCCGCGCGGUCAACUACCCUCGCCAAACCCGCCGCCGCGAGGAAGGUCGCUGCUUCCCAGCCCGUCCUUCGCAAACGCGUCGAGCCCGUCCUCCCUCUUCCCUAUCUCCAACGUCGACCCAAGAAAUCAACCAUUUCCUCUCAGCAGUCCUCCCCACUGCGAACAAACAGUGAGGACGCAGCUCCGAGCCCAACCAAAGAACAGCCCCAGCCCGCAGCAGUAGAAGUGAAAGCCGACGCAGACGACCACAAGCAGGCUGCCAACGGCCUGCCUGCGCAAACGGUCGACCAACCAGGAAUCGACGGGACAAACCACGAAGUCGCCCCUCGCCCCCAGGAGCCCAAGCCAGCACCCGCAGGUUCUCCUCCACAAGAAGUUGUCGUGUCUCCGCCGGCAGCUGGAGAAUUGACACCGCCAGAAACCGCCCCGAGCGCUCCCUCGUCCGUCUCUUAUCCUCCUCCGACCAUGUCACCCGCUCCAUACAACGGCGUGCCUCCGCCUUUCCCGCCAGCCGAAGCCCACCAUGCCCACUUUCGGGGUCCCGUUCCCGAGCCCAUUCACCUGCCGCUGAACCUUACACACCGGGCUGUGCACCAGCACCACCCCAGCAACGGCAGUCUGAUCUUUGGCGGUUUCCCCGGGUCGAACACACCGUCGCCCGCUCCUAAUUCUGGAGGUGCCUUUCCUCCUCCAGUGACCAUGGCCCGCGAUCAAAUGCCGGUGCCUGGCGUCGACGCGUUCGGUCGGCCAAUUCUUUCAGCUGCGCCCAAUGACAGUAUUGUGCAGGUUCCCAUGAAUCAUGGUCCGAUGACCCCACACAGCUUCCACGAGUCUCAGUCCUCGCGAACGGCAGACGAACUCGGUGCUACACUCCCUUUCAUGAAUGGCCAUAACGGGAUGGAGUUCAGGGGUCCCAGGCCGCCUCCUGGCAUCGCCAGGGCACCCCCACCACCAAGCAACCAGCCGCAGUUUAAUGCCGAAGGCCUUGAGAUUGCCGAUGCCAUGAUAUUCACGGACCGCAUCAACGACAUGUUUGCGAAGCCCGCUUUUGCCGACUGCGAUAUCUUCCUAGUUCUGCCUGACCGCCUGACGCCCGUCAACUCACAACACCCUGGGCAGCUUGAUGCGCCUUUGCGCAUGCCGGCCCACAAGCUUAUUCUGUCAAUGAACCCGAUACUUGCGAGUCUCAUGCAGAAGCAGGCGGAACAGCAGGAUGCCCUUCGUCAUGGUCUUCAUGAGCUCCGCAUCGCCUCGGAUGAUCCCUACCUGCGGGCUGACUCCAUGUGGAGGGCAAUCAAACAUGUGUAUGGUUUCCGUUACGUCCCCAUGGGAAAGAUCGCACAUGACAAUUCAGACAUUGAAAAGUUCCACUAUGUGCUGGGCUACGCCGCCGCUGGUGCGCUCUUGGAGAUACCUCACAUCUCGAUCAACGCCAUGGGCGAGGCAUCGAAGCUGUUGAGCUGGGAGACGGUUGAAAAGGGAGUGGAGUUUGCGUUGCGUGAUUCGGCCUUGGCCCUGAACAGGAUGGAUGGCCCUCACGGCCGCCUCUUCCCGUUUCAGUACAGACACGGCGUCUACGUGAACGAGCUCGUGGAGAAGAUCAUGAUGUUCAUCAUCACCAGCUUUCCCAACAACUUCACCUUGGACACCACUGUUGAUGAUACACGGUACGCUCGUCUGCCGCCGACCGUGUCCGCUCGAGACGCAGCAGGGCCGGACAUCAUGAACGGCAUCCGGGCUCCGCCGCAAAUGUCUUCAAGAAAAUCGAUGCCGAGAUUUGGAGACCUCGACCUCGAUGAGAAUGUUGGUGACGGCCAAGCUAUGUCGCGUCGCGAGCCUUUCGAGCAUACGGCUGCGCUCUCACGGAUCCUGCUCAACCUUCCUUUCGAGAUGGUGAAGUUCCUGCUCGAGAGCAACGGCAUCGGAGGUGUUUCGGGCUGGCAGACAGCGCAAGACAGACGGCGAGUUCUCCCUCAGGUGGUUGCAGCGCGUGAGAGCCGGCGCCUGCGCUUUGUCUCGGAAUUCAUGGCCGGCCGUUACGAAGGCCGGGACCCCGGACCGGCCCUGCGGAGCCAGGAACCACAGCUCCUAGAAGGGGUCUGGAACAGCGUGUGUUGGAGGGAGCAGUGCGUGCCGAACGGAGAUGCCGUCGUCAUCGAGCGGGUGUGGGAGCCCUUUGGGGACAGCAGGUAGUACCAUCUGUCGCGACGAUUAUGGCCCGACGUUGAGCCUACGUCGCCCGUACUGAAGAAUUUGCGAACGAACUUGACGAUAUGAAUGGCCGGGUGGGCGACACCGCACGGCAGGUAUGACGAGGAGGGACACGGGCUUGCUUUUGCACGGCGUAUUAAAAAGAAAAGCGUUUCUUGGCAGAUUCGGGCGGGCCAGGCCGCUCGCUUUCAGGGUUGGCGGAAAAGAAAAAUGGGCACGGCACAAAAACAAAAGCAUUGCGACGGGUGUUGGAGUAAAGUGUUGUAUUGAAUUCGGUCUUGAUGCGCAGAAACGAAGGCGGGGGAGGAGUCAGUGAGACGCACGAGCAUGAUGGGCUUCGCUCGGGGGUUCUAAUUCACAGUCUCCUACCACCCGGGGGCGAGGCAUCCAGGGAGCCAUGGCUGUCCUCAAAAGGCAGGAAGACAUAUACUCAUGCAUACAUGCGGAUGCAGACAUAGCAGCAGCAUUUUUGAUAGCAGCGGAUCUUGGUGCCGCUGCGAGGUUACGGCGAGAUCAGUUCCAGGGCGCGAUCGAAUGGCCCUCUACUUUUGGCUUUUGGCACUUCGCAAUUGUUGUUAAUAGGAGAUACCAGAUAGUUUGAGUGCUAGGGUUCUGAAAAGCAAAGCAUCUCGAAUAUCUCUGCGCUCCAAGCGUUGGGGGACGAAUAAUUACAGAACAAGAACAGCACAUUGCUUGUCUUGUUCUCUUCCGGGUCUAGCACAAAA